AAUGCGUGGCUACGUAGUCGCAGCUCCCAUGAUGCUCUGCCUCUUUUAGCUGGGAAAAAUGGCUCUCGAAAGGGAGAAGGUCCCACGAGUUCCCGAAACUCUACUCAAGAAAAGAAAGAGUCUUGAGAAGAUCAAGGCAGCCAGGGAGGCAGCCCGGCUUACACAGAAGAAGACCCAACGUGCCAAAAGAAAGGUUAUCUUUAAGAAGGCAGAGCAGUAUGUCAAGGAAUACCGCCAGAAGGAAAGAGAUGAGUUGAGGUUAAAGAAGAUGGCAAAGAAACAUGAUAACUUCUAUGUUCCAGCUGAAAACAAACUGGCUUUUGUCAUCAGAAUAAGAGGUAUCAAUGGAGUCAGCCCUAAAGUGCGCAAGAUUCUUCAGCUUCUCCGUCUUAUUCAGAUCAACAAUGGAGUCUUCAUUCGUCUCAACAAGGCCACUCUCAACAUGCUGAGAAUAGUCCAGCCUUACAUCGCUUAUGGAUACCCUAACCUAAAAACUGUCCGUGAGCUCAUCUACAAACGUGGUUAUGGAAAAGUUGAUGGCCACAGAAUUGCUCUCACAGAUAAUGCUAUCAUUGAAAAGGCCCUUGGAAAGUAUGGAAUCAUCUGUGUAGAGGACCUUAUCCAUGAGAUCUUUACUGUUGGAGAACACUUCAAAGAAGCCAGCAACUUCUUGUGGCCCUUCAAGCUCAGCUCACCAAGUGGUGGUUUUCGCAAGAAGACUACCCACUUCGUUGAGGGUGGUGACCAUGGAAACCGUGAAGACCAUAUUAAUAAGUUGGUGAGAAAGAUGAAUUAAAGCCUGUAAAUCUCAAAACUCAAUAAAAAUGUUUCCAUCAAUCCAAA